UGAGUCAAACAGAUGAUCAAGGCGUACAUUUUCUUAUGGCUGAUGGUGGAUUUUCUGUAGAAGGGCAAGAAAAUAUACAAGAGAUCCUCUCUAAGCAGCUCUAUUUGUGCCAAUGUAUCGCUGCCUUGAUGCUCGUGCGGACAGGCGGCAAUUUUGUGGUGAAACUGUUCGAUGUCUUCACGCAAUUUAGCGUUAGCCUCAUUUAUAUUAUGUACCGAUGCUUCGAAAAAGUGUCUAUUCAUAAGCCGGUUACUUCAAGACCUGCUAAUUCAGAAAGAUACUUAGUAUGUAAAUGGAAGAAGUCAGGCACGGAGUCAGUGGAACAGCAUCUGUUCUCAGUCAACUCCAUGCUGUGGAGAGA